AUGGCGCCCCGCGAGCCUGCUGAAAGGGCAGGAUCUACCCAAAGAGGUAUGUUUAUCCAAGAUGGGCAUUUUGUCCCAGAAGACCUUCACAAUAUGCACACUGCCCAACCGAUUUACUGGGUUACUGUGUUCAUCAUCGGACGCAUCGGAACUAACGAGAACUUCAUGAAACGGGCGAUCCGCUUAAUUGAGCAACGCCAGUGUCUGGUGACCACUGAACCCCUUCAUGCAACUUACAAAAGCUGUAUAUCGCUCCCCGUCACCGGUGAAUGGGACAGCGUCAUAGCCGUGCAGCAUGCGGAAAGCUAUGCGAGAAUACUGUUGUUGGAGAUCCAGUGUAAUACCCUCUUCAUCAACUGGGCUAUUACCAUGACGGAGUCACAACUGAGGAGCAUCCUGUGA